AAUAGAAAGAAAUAUCCACAUGCAAUAAUUUUCUCGACGACGAGGAGGAGACGAAGCCCUUACUUCUUCAAGGCGGCGUCAUCUUCUCUGCUAAUCAUCAGUCGAUCCUUCUCCUCUCUCCGUGUUUCCUGGACUGCUCCUACCCUCCUCGGUCCUGCCAUUUCCGUUUGGCCCCGUCGUCGGUUCUAGUCGAAUCCCCCAUUCUGCCCCGACCCGAGGCGCGCGGCUUCGCGGGACAAGAAGAACACGGCCGCCCGGCAGUUCCCGGUUCCCUAGAUCUGCGUGGCGGCGGCGAGAGGCAGAGUCCGUCAGGAGGGCGGAGGAGGCGGCGGCCAGCCCAGCAAUGGUGCCGUGGGAAGGCUACGUGAGCGACGAGACCAUGGGCACCUUCGCGCCCAUCCUGCUCUACUGGGUCUACGCCGGCGGCUACCAGCUCGUCCUGCACCGCCGCCCGCUCCAGCGCUACAGGCUCCACACGCGGGCAGAGGAGGAGGACAAGAACCUCGUCACCCUCCCCGCCGUCGUGCGCGGCGUGCUCCUGCAGCAGCUCGUGCAGGCCAUCGUCGCCAUGAUCCUCUUCAUGAUUACUUCAGAUAGUUCAGUGGUUCUAGUCCAGCCAUCUAUGGUGGUUCAGUCGUUUCAGUUCUUGGUUGCAAUGCUGGUGAUGGACACAUGGCAAUAUUUUGUGCACCGCUACAUGCAUCAGAACAAAUUCCUCUACCGACAUAUCCACUCACAACAUCACCGGCUGAUCGUUCCUUACGCUAUCGGGGCUCUCUACAACCACCCACUGGAGGGGCUCCUACUGGACACUCUAGGUGGUGCUAUGUCCUUCUUGGUCUCUGGUAUGACGCCGAGGACAGCUGUAUUCUUCUUCUGUUUCGCUGUGCUCAAGACGGUCGAUGAUCACUGUGGACUUUGGUUGCCAUAUAACAUAUUCCAGCACUUGUUCCAAAAUAACACGGCGUACCAUGACAUCCACCAUCAGCUCCAGGGCACAAAGUACAACUACUCUCAGCCGUUCUUCUCAAUAUGGGACAGAAUGCUAGGAACCCACAUGGCCUACGACCUAGUGAGCCGAAAGGAAGGGGGAUUCGAAGCGAGGCCAUUGCGAGACUAGCAUGGAACUCAUUGAAGUGUAUAGAACUCCAGCUACUCAGUGGGAUAUAUGAUGCUCUUCUAGUCCCCUUCUCAUGAUUGGCAGCUUACAGGAGCCAUCUAACUUCUUGUAAGAUGAUGAAGGUAUUCCAGUACUCCCGGUUCCUCUUUUUUUGUUCUCAUGCCUUGGUGGAUGCCAUUGUCUACUGGAGAAGACACUGAAGCUGUUGUGUUGCUUGUUCUUUUUUCCCUGCAGUUAUCUAGUUAGACCCGUUCACCUUGAAUGUGCGUGUUUUGUACGGGUAGUCGGUUACUCGUGAGUUUUUUAUGGUUCUUUCUUGUGCAAAGCUGCCAUUUACAUUACUGUGCAGAUAGUGUAUUCGCAAUCAGUCACGCUUCUGUAUGUAUCCAAUUAUUUAUGUAACCGAAUCUUUGGGCAUAAUUAUGACCUUCAA